AUGAUGUCAAUGAAAAAGGGACCAUUCGGUGAUGAUAAAUCUGGAGCUGUCUUUGAUGAUGGAAACCAUGGAGGAGUUGCCAGAGUGAUCGUUGGUGAAGACAAUGGGCACGGCAUCACUUAUCUAGUGUUUGUGAAGUUGAAUGAGGAGGACUCCAUUGGUGAUGAUGAGCCAUUCAUUGUGAUCUUCCUCUCCUUCAGCGCAUGGAUCUUGAAGGUGAUCAAGGCGUUCCUCGGAGUGACGGCCCUUGUGGAGUGGAGUGGGAUGCUCAAGAUACAAAAGCGUAGGAGCUGGAGGAACGGAGUUGGCUUCUCCCGUUGGUCAAGUGCCUUGCCCCUGUCCCACUCCAAGCUAGGUGAUGAUGAGCCAUUCAUUGUGAUCUUCCUCUCCUUAAGCGCAUGGAUCUUGAAGAUGAGGAAAACUCAGCUCAUCCCUCCAUUUAGCUUUCCUUAG